AUGCGCACACGGUACUAUACCGAAAGGAACACAGCAAACAAUGAAAAAAAAACACUGCAGGAACGCACUUCUAGCAGGAGACGAGAACAACGAGAUAAACCACUUAAUCUAACCGAGGAAACAACAAUAACAGCAACACAGCAGAAAAUAACAAUGACCGCAACAGCACUCGUAUCCGUCUCGUACUUCCUCCACAAAGACACACUGGAUGAUACGCCCACAAAAAAGGCUGUGACUAUGAAUUACAGGGAAACCGAAUCAUCGGGGUGCGACAAUGCUGUAAGGAACUUCACUAAUCCCACCCAGAUAUUCAGCGCGCGCUCACUCAAAUUUGCUACCCAAUGCUUCCUCCUCGUUCCCCUAGCGCUGCACUCGAUUGUAUGGCUCAAUGGUUGCCGACCUACACGCUCUAACUCUGUGCAAGUGCUGUUUUCUGCGUAA